UCUUAUAUUUUCUCUAUAGAAUAUUUCAGACGAUGAAAGUGAUGAAGAAAGGCGCAUUGCAGUUAAUCCUUUAAACCAAAGUAUUUUGAUGUCUCCAGAAAAAGUUUCUACUAUAACCUCCAGAUCAACCACUGUUUCUCAAACUAUAGAGGAUAAAGAAAACAUCAAUGUUUGCAGAGUUGAUCCUGAAGUGAAAGACUCAGUACCUCAAGCUAAGUAUGAGGCAAACAAUACUGAUAAACAAGCACAAGAUAUAUCAUUUCUAGAGAAAGUCAAGGCAGAUGUUCCACUAUCUUCUGCUGCUGCUACUUCUUCAGAAAAGAGCUUGUUAUUUACAAAUGAUUUUAAUUGUCCCGCUUCAUUGAGCACUGAACUUUUUCUUUAUAAUUAUGUUCAUGCACAUACAAAAGAUGAUGGCAAGAUUCAAACACCUGAUGAGUCAAAAGAAAAUGAUUCUUUAUCAGACUCUCCUCAUUUGGAUAAAUUUUUGUAUCAAGGUAACCAUACUGUUUAUUUUGAUAGGAAUGAUUCAAUGGACUUAACAAAACCUUUGGGAAAAUAUCUCACAGCAUGUAAUGAAAGCAAGGAUGAUAUUGUCAGUAGUCCUGAUGGUCAUAUAAUUGGAUACUACAAUCAAAAUAAUAGCUAUGAUGAAAAAACUAUUUAUUUCAAUAAAACUCAUUAUGCAGCUGGUAAUAUGGACUUGACAUGCUGUAACACCAUAACAAUUGCUGAUUUUCCUGAAAGUAAAAGACCAGUUGAGAUUAUCAAUGUGAAGGAUGUAGAAAAUAUUGAGAAUUUUUGUGAAAACAAGCAGUUUAAUAAAGAUGAAAGUUUUUGUAAACCAACUAAAGACCUAAAUAACCCAUUAAGAUUACCAGCAGAUAAUUAUAUGCCACCCUCUUCUAAUAAUUCUAUUGUUCAGCUGCCUAGUCUUGCUUCAAAGAAUAUAAUUGACAAAAAAAAAAACAUACCAUGUGAAUUGAAUGGAAUGUCGUCUGAUAAUUUCAAAUCAAAUAGUAAUGCAAAAGAUGGUCUUGGUUCAGUGAGUGAUUGUAGACCAAGUAUUACUAAUGUAACUGAUAGUAAAACAGGAGCAAAUGUUUAAAGGAUGAAAAAGAACAUAUUAAGACAGGAUCAAAGAGGACCUGUGUUUCUGAAUCCUCUGACAUACCUUCAAAACAGUCAAAUACAUAUGAUAUAAUUGAACCAGCCAUUAACAAACCAACUGAAAAGAAAUCUGAUUUCAAGAACCAUGUUCAGCCAGUGACUACCAGUGAAUCAGUUCCUGAGAAGUUAGUUCUUAAAGAAAGUACAGAGUCUUAUAUGGUAGAAUCUUCUAGGUCCUGUCCAAAAAAGACUCUGGUUGAUACAUCGCAGUCAACUUCAAAAGAAUUGACUGUAACUAAAUCCACCAAAUCAUUUCUAAACACACAAGAAUUAUUUGAUUCUACUCAGUUUAAUGAUGGUAAAUUUAGUAAAUUAGCUAAAGAACUUAAAACUAGUGCUUCAAAUUUGCCAGCAGAUAACUGUAUUCUACCAUCUAAUAAUUUUGAUCGGUCUAAUCUUCCCCCAAAGAAAACAUGCCAUAUGAAUUAAAUGGAAUGCAGUCUGUUAGUUUCAGAGCAAAUAGUACUGCUAAAGAUGAUCUUGGUUCAGUGACAGAUUUUAAAGCCACUAUUUCCAAUAUUUCUAAUACCAGAACAGAAGGAAGUGUUUUAAAGGAUCAAAAAGAACAUAUUAAAACAUAAUUUUAAGAAAUCAAAUGACUCUUCUUUCAAUACUUCAAAUGUAUUUUCUCGAAGGCAAACAUCUUCUGAAACAAUUAGCUCAAAAUUAAUUGAAACUUCUUUGAACAGUAAUUCUGUUACUGUUAAUAAGAGCAGUUUGAUGGCUGAGAGCAGUAUACAACCAGAUAAAGUUGUUACAGAGAAGUGUUUGAGAACUGAUAUCAGUGGUACUCAAUAUGAUACAAAUAGUGUAUCGGAGAAAACUGGCUUUGAUUUUGACUAUGCUGAGGUGUCUGAUAUUAUGGAUGAGAAACCUGAUUUUUUGAUUGGAAACAUUUCUCAUGAAGAUGUUUUGAAUUUAUCACUGGAAAAUAAACAACCACAACCAUAUUCACAAGUACCUUCAAGAUCUGGCUCCAUGAUGACUGAUAGAAGUAUAACAGAUAUUAGAAACAGCAUUUCCACAUUGAAUAAUAUCUCAGACUCUACAUUAUGCAGUCAUCUUUUAAUGAACAUGCACUUUCCCCAUUUGGAAAAGCCUUUGUCUUUAAUGGAAGUUGAAACAAUUGAAGAUCUUCUGUUUCUGGUUGGUAUUGAUCGAGUAGGGAAUGCCGCAUUGGAGUGUCGGCAAUCUAAUAUAUAUGAAACUUCAGUGGUUACUGAGCCUCAUACCAUUGAAGAAAAAAUGGAGUUAGCAAUUUUAAAUACAAAAUUUAUGAAACAAUUUAAAGAUCCAGAGCUUCUCUAUGGUUUCAGAAAUGUUUUAGAAGAAAGGGAAAAGACAAGUUCAAAAGAAGAUAUAAAGAAGCAACUUUUGGCAGAUUUCAAAAUGUGUAAGCAAAGAACUGAUAAGAAAAUGAAGCAGAAAGAAAUUGAAUACUUUAAUGACUUGACUUCAGCCUACACAGAUAAAUUGAAACUGAUGGAAAAAGCCAAUUCUCAAUUAGUGGACAUUACUUCAAAAUUGGACCAACAAAUAGAUAGUUUGGAUAAUGGUAUAAACGUUUAUUUUUCAAAAGAAUUUUUUUCAUUGAAAUCCUUCAUUAAAAAUUACACUAUGCUAAAUAAUAUCUUUUUUUCUCUCAAGCCUCAUAAAACCAGUUACCUGGGUUUCCAUGUGAUUGAGAUCACAACAUUUUCCCUGAAUGGGACACUGGUCUGUUGCAGAGUUCAAAGCCAGUAAUUUUGAAGAGAAGGUGCAAGUUAAUGGCAUCAACCUCACUAUUUAACU